ACUCUGCAGGAAGGAUAUAUAGAGCAAGCUCAACGCCAUUGUAGAGGAGGUGAUACAUUCAGUUAUCGUUUCUCUUUCUUUCAACAUACAGAAGUCAGAUAUAGAGAGAGAGAGAGAUUUCUAGUUACAAUGGAAAACACGUUGAAGGAACCAGUGCAAGACUUGGAUUCAUCAGCCACUGUAGGCGGAGGCGUUGAAGAUGUCUAUGGAGAAGAUCGUGCUACUGAGGAUCAGCUUGUCACUCCUUGGACUACCUCCGUUGCUAGUGGAUAUACAUUGCUGAGGAAUCCGUUUCAUAAUAAGGGACUUGCAUUCACUGAGAAGGAAAGAGAUGCUCAUUACUUGCGUGGUCUUCUUCCUCCUGUUGUUAUAACUCAAGAACUUCAGGAGAAAAAACUGAUGCAUAAUAUUCGUCAAUAUCAAGUUCCUCUUCAGAAGUACAUGGCUCUCACUGAACUUCAGGAAAGGAAUGAGAGGCUUUUUUACAAGCUUCUAAUUGAUAAUGUUGAGGAACUUCUUCCAAUUGUGUAUACCCCAACUGUUGGUGAGGCAUGCCAGAAAUUCGGUUCAAUCUUUAGGCGUCCACAGGGUGUUUAUAUCAGCUUAAAGGAAAAAGGUAAGAUUCUUGAAGUCUUGAAGAAUUGGCCUCAGAGAAGUAUUCAAGUUAUUGUGGUGACCGAUGGAGAAAGAAUUCUUGGACUUGGAGAUCUCGGUGUGCAGGGCAUGGGUAUUCCUGUUGGAAAAUUGGCUCUGUAUACAGCACUUGGAGGAGUUAGGCCUUCAGAAUGCUUGCCUAUAACAAUUGAUGUUGGAACAAAUAACGAGAAGUUGUUGAAUGAUGAGUUCUACAUUGGACUUAAACAAAAGAGAGCAACUGGGGAGGAAUAUCAUGAACUCCUUCAAGAGUUUAUGACGGCUGUCAAACAGAACUAUGGUGAAAAAGUACUCAUUCAGUUUGAGGAUUUCGCAAAUCACAACGCUUUUGAUCUUCUAGCGAAAUAUCGAACUACUCAUCUUGUCUUCAAUGACGAUAUUCAGGGAACAGCAUCUGUGGUUCUUGCAGGACUCCUUGCAUCACUGAAAGUAUUCGGAGGAACAUUGGCUGACCACACAUUUUUGUUCCUCGGUGCUGGAGAAGCUGGGACAGGCAUAGCAGAGCUUAUAGCCCUGGAAAUAUCAAAGAAGACCAAAGCACCUAUAGAAGAGUCCAGGAAAAAGAUCUGGCUUGUGGAUUCAAGGGGACUAAUAGUUAGCUCGAGGAAGGAAUCCCUUCAAGCGUUUAAGAAGCCAUGGGCUCAUGAACAUGAGCCUGUUAAGGAACUUGUAGAUGCUGUAAAGCUUAUAAAGCCAACUGUUCUAAUUGGAACAUCUGGUGUUGGAAAGACGUUUAAACAAGAAGUGGUUGAAGCCAUGGCUGCUAUAAAUGAGAAACCUCUCAUUCUGGCCCUCUCUAAUCCAACCUCACAAGCUGAGUGUACCGCUGAAGAAGCCUAUACAUGGAGUGAGGGUCGUGCAAUAUAUGCUAGCGGAAGCCCUUUUGAUUCUGUUGAAUACAACGGGAAAGUUUACUUCCCUGGACAGGCAAACAAUGCCUACAUCUUCCCUGGAUUUGGUCUAGGUUUGGUGAUCUCUGGGACGAUUCGUGUGCAUGAUGAUAUGCUUUUGGCAGCUUCUGAAGCUUUGGCUGGGCAAGUAACUGAAGAGCACUACAGUAAGGGAAUGAUAUACCCUCCAUUCACUAAUAUCAGGAAGAUAUCUGCAAAUAUCGCAGCUAAAGUUGCUGAAAAGGCAUAUGAACUAGGUCUAGCAACCCGUCUGCCUCGGCCUCGAGAUCUAGUGAAAUAUGCAGAAAGCUGCAUGUACACUCCCAUCUACCGAAGCUACCGUUAAGCCAUUGAUAUCAAAAGAGGAUGUUGGAAUGCCUCUCUGUUAUGAGUUCUUCUUUGUGUUAUUUAUGUAAUAAUGUUGUGUUUGUUUGUUUUAGAGUAAAUCUUUGGGUCAUUAGCUAAUAAUUAUAUGUAAAAUAUAAGCAAAUGCCCAAAACCUCAACUCCCUUUUCUUGUUUCAAAUUCCCCCCACGUGUUUCGUUUCAUCGUGUUUGUAACUUAUUUGAGAAUCUUGAUGAUAUAGAGAGGCAAUAUCGAUGCUUAUUUAAAAUUCGACAUUUUGAUUCUCAAGAAUGGCUCCUAGUAGAUUGUUUGUUGUUUUCUUAACGU